AUGGAGCAAUCGAAUGUAAACAGAAGCCAUCCAUCUGCCGUUAUGACUGCAGAGGAUACGGAGAUGGGUGGGACUUCUAUCGUGCCUUUGCACAAAGAUACUCAUCAAAUCUUUUGCUUUCCCCCAUCGCUACCACCCCCAUCUUCGUCUAUCUCAGAGGUUGCCAUGGAUAUUAAUAUAUAUCCUCCUUUGGAUGAAACUUCAAGCGCCUCAGUUCCAGUUGAAUCCACGGAAUUGCUUGUAAAUCCGCUAAUCUGGAAGAAGGCGAAGAAGGAAACAAACGGCGUCAAGCCUCAUCCUAACCCUAUCAUGCAUCUCUUAAAUUUGACAACAGUGCCUCAAAUUGCGGGAGUGUCUGCGACCAACCAGAGCAAUCUUGCAGUGCUUCCAGAAUCAAUAUCUCAAUCCAAUUCUCCAGCUCCAAUUCUAGGAGUUGGAUCGCGGAAGAGUAUUUUCGAGAAUAAAUACUCGAACGGAAAUUUAACAUCGGAAUAUGAUAAGUUGAGUGCGAUUAUUGAUAGAAAUUAUGCAGGUCUUCCACCAUUACCGCUAUCUUCGUCUCUGCCGUUGCAAAUUACGAGCGGUAGUUCAAGCAUGAACACGAUUAGUUCUAAGGACCAAUAUCUCGGCCCAUUGACGAUAUCUGGCUGCCCGGGUUUAUUCGCGACCUUGCGUAAGAAACCUGCAAAGGAUACAGGAUCGCCUUCCCUUCCGCCAACUGAACAACCUGGUUUGACUUUCGAUACAGAUAUCACUACAUACAAACCACUCGAAUCAUCAAAGGCAUGGAAAGUAACGAGAGUGUGUGAAUUGUUGCUCAGAGCUGUUGCAGGCAUCGAACCUGGUAAUGUCGAAGGUCAUGUCGAAGUUUUGAACUUCUAUUUACAAGAGUACCCUUUGCAACGCUUGGUAAUUUUAAAGGCUCUUGAAGACGCUGGGCACUAUCUUCGCAAAUUUUCCAAGGCUAUGUCUGCCCAUUCAAGUAAACCAUACAGAGAGCAGUGCAUGCUAAGUGAUGAUUUCAAAAGAGAGAACCCGAUACCUCCAAUUAUACGUCCUCUGCUACCCUUCGCAUCUAUAGCAGCCGGCUACGUCAGAAAUACUAAGUCUACUCGUCGAGGGGGAACAUCAUCACUGCACACCUAUCAAGACCAUUACCACAACGAAUUUAGAUGCAAAAUCAAGCAUGAAAAUGAAAGUUUCCCGUUGGGAUUCAAUCCAAAUUUGAUGCACACUCUCGGAAAAUGUAGCAGACAACGUCUUCGAAACGAGAGGCAUGAGAGACAUAAGAUAUACAUGAAGCAGGUCAAGAAGGGAUUUUCGCAUGUGCAUAGGAAUCCGUUCUUGUCCGAAGAAAUCAUCAAGGAAUGUGGAGGAGAAACUUAUGCAGAGCUGGAAGGCAGAGUCGAGAUGGAUGACAUGAGAAAUGCUGCACAUUGGGAGAUGACCACUCGACAAAUUGAGGAGGUACCUACUCGAAAAGAUAGACAUUCCGUUUUCAAGAAACGUCCGUCGCCGUUAAGGGAAGAAUUGCCAAAAUUAGACGAUCAUUGGAUUCCUGACUCUGCGAUGCCAUAUAUGAAGACAUCUGGACAAAUAAUCAAGUUUCAAUCAAAAAUCGUGCGAGCUAGCAAGCGCAAGCAGGAUUUCGACAAGGAGGCAAAGGAAGAGGAAAGAGAAAUGUGUGAAUCUCGAUACAAAGCUAGGAAGCUCGAUUCUAAGAAAGAGAAAUCUCGGAUCGCUCAAUGGGAGAGGGAAUACAAUGCAGCAAAAAAACAGAUCCGGAAGGAAUAUGAGGAAGAGAUGAAAAACGAAGAAGAAGAAAUGCGGAAAAUAACCGAAGAAAAGGAAGCUGAAGAGGCACGGGAACGAUUAUGGGAGGCGCAAGAGAAGAGAAUCAGGGAGAAGGAGAUCCAGAGAAAGGAAAAGAAUGAGCGAUUGCUUAUGGAACGAGAGAGGCGGAAAGAAAAGAGAGAUCGUUUGAGAUGGGAAAAUAGGGAGAGAUCUGAUUGUCGUGUCACACAAGCAUGGAUAGAUCUGGGUGCUGAUAUGGCUCGCGUUGGGAGCUGGGAUUGA